CUUCUCAACCACAUUCAAAUCACCAAAGCAACAAAAUAAUCAAACACAAAACAUAAAAAACAAACUUUUCUUUUAAAUAAAAAUAAAUUCAGAAAUGGAGAUGAAGAAGAUUGCUUGUGUCACCCUAAUUGCUGCUGCAUCAAUGAGUGCAGCUAUGGCUCAAAUAUUGCCCCCAAGCUCCGCCCCAGCUCCUGCCCCUUCAAGUGAUGCCACUGCUUCAUUGCCCCAUGUGGCAACUUUGGCCGGUGCUACUUUAUUGUCCUUCUUUGCUUAUUACAUGCACUAAAUAUAUCAUAUGAAAAGAAAAAGAAAAAAAGGAUGAGAAUUGAAGGAGAUUAUUACAGGUCUUAGGGCAGGCAAAAAAAAAAGAAGAAGAUAUUUUAGACCUAUUGGUCUUUAAUUCCACAUCUUUGUGUAAUACAUAUCAUCACCAACAAAAUAAAAUCAUUAUUUUGUGGUUUAUUAU